AUGGACUUCGAAUUCGAGAGUCCUGUGGAAUGUCUUUGGAUACAGCCGAGUAUUCGAAAAUUGAGUAUUGUGAUUGGUGUAGUAUAUAGACCUCCAAAUCGUAGAAAGCAUAAGUCCAAGUUUAGUUCUUUCGUUAACGACGUUCAUCUGAUGUUGAAUUAUGUUUGUCCUAUGGCUGAUUGUAUUUUUUGUAUCGGUGACGUCAACGUCAACCUGCUGAAUUCAUCAAACCCUCUGUCUGAAUGUUUUUCCUCCUAUGGAUUUGAUCAAAUCAUCCAGGAGCCAACAAGAGUUACUCUAACAUCGAGUACGCUAUUGGAUCCGAUUUUUGUGAAAUGUCCGGCCAACUUCAUGGGGGUGAGUGGAGUUAAGAACAUGUGUCAUAUUAGCGAUCAUCGCUUAGCGUUCUGUGAGUGCUACGUACCUGGUUCGAAGAGGGUGCAAAAGUUUAUAACUUAUAGGGACUUCGAUGAUUUUGAUUGUGAAGCUUUCCUUUCAGACUUGAGAUCGGAAAGGUGGCGCUCAUUCACCCGCGAACCUAAUAUCAAUAAAAAAGUGCAAAUCUUCAAUGACAUCUUACUGAGCGUUUAUGACCGCCAUGCUCCUGUUAGACGAAGGAGAAUCUCUAAGCCUAGAGCGCCCUGGUUGACUGAACGGCUCAGGGGGUUGAUGAGGAAGCGGGACCGAGCUUUUGCUGCAUUCAGGCGGUCUGGUUCAGCGGAGGAUUGGAAUGAGUAUAAGAGAAUGAGAAAUGGUACUCUGGCUGAGAUUAGACGUAGCAAGACGUCAUAUCUCUUGGCUGCUAGUUCUGAUGGUAAUGAAGCUGUCUGGAAGGCUUUGAAGUCUCUGAAUGUUGCUAAGGUUAAUGCAAGGGCUAUUCCAGAUUGCUUAAAGGACGCGGAAUCUAUUAGUGAUUUUUGCUCAGCAUUCAAUGGUGUUGCAGGUGAUGAUGCGUGUACUGAUAAGAUUUCGUAUUAUAACAACAAUAGUUAUAGAACUGAGCCAUCAUUCCAUUUCAAAAUUGUCUCGUUGGAACAGAUAAGGACCAUCAUGACUGGAAUUCGAACUAAAGCCGUGGGCGACGAUGAUGUAACGCUGGAUAUGCUCGUUCAUGCGUUUCCAGUAAUAGAGUCGUAUGUUCAGCAUCUGGUCAAUAGCUGCAUAGUGGCCGGUGUGUUUCCUGUGCAGUGGAAGUGCGCUAUUGGUAUACCGCUUCCGAAAACAGUGGAGCCUACUUCUUUUUCGGAUUUGAGGAUCAUCAGUAUUCUGCCACUUUUGUCUAAGGUGUUGGAGAAGGUUUUGUCUGAUCAGAUUUCGGAGUACGUCAAUGACUUCAAUUUGCUACCAUCGUACCAGUCUGGCUUUCGCAAGAAUCACAGUACUGCUACUACUCUGGCAUCGGUCACAGAUAAAAUAUUCCAUGAUCUUGAUCGGGGUUAUUCUGACGUUUCUAUUUAA